AUGACGAAGCGGAGAGAGGGAAGCGCGGCGAUUCUCCGAGAGCGAAGAAGGACGGACGCGCGCUUCGGGAUGGCGGGAGAGAGAUGGAAGUAAGGGGCGAGAGAGACGGAUAAAUUUGUGGAUAACGGGGGGAGAGAGGAGAGGCGAAGAAUCGGUUGACGGGCGCGCCGACAGAUCGCGCUUGCGAUGCCCUUAGCUUCGUCAGGAGUGCGCGCCGACGGAGCUCAGUGAACGUUCAGUACGGCUCGGCGAGGCUAAGCGAGAAGAAAGGGGCUCUCUUUUUGUGUUGACAUUGUCGUACGUGUGCGCCUUACUUGGAGUCGAACUAGUAAGGGGAAAGCGUCGCCGAACAAUCCCCCCGACCGAGGAACGGGGAGCAAUUUUAUUGGGCGUAACGAAAGCGACUGACCCAACGAUACGCACACGACGAAAAAAAUAGAAAAAAAAAAAAAAAAAAGGGGGAAACAAAAAAUCGGAAAAGGAGAGAAACGAAAAGGAAAACAGAGGAGAGACGCGCGAGCGGUUGCAAAGUAGAUUUCGAUACCGAAACCAACCCUAAAUUCGAGGGACGAGCCGGGGGAAUAUUUUUUUUCUUUUCUCGUCAAUUCCAAAUCCGCUCGCGGCUGACUACGAACGGAACGUUUCCACUACCACUAGGCCAAAUCCUCGGCUGGCUGACUGGCUGGGCUGACUUGUAACGCACUGAAAUCGCGCGCCGUAUUACACGACGAACGUCCGCGUGCCGCCUCUCUGGCUCUUUAAAACGGGUGCUGCUGUUUAAAAACCACGACGUUUAAAGGGCGUCGAAGGGAAAAAUAAUACGUGCAAUAUUUGAGGGACAUAUUUUUAUCUAUAUAUAUAUAUAUAUAGAUAUAUAUAGAUAUAUACUAUUCGUUGAGUGUGCGUCAGUAUAGGGUGGUGUGCUGGUUUUUAAAUAAAUUUAAAUCAUUGAAGAGGCGUAAAAGAAACGAAUAAUUGCGUCCGAUUUUAUAACAAGUACAAUAAUUUGUUGUUUAACGUUGACAAGAACGAGGGAGGAUUGGUGAUGUUCCGUGGGGUGACAGUUGUAACGUUAGUAAUUGAAAAACGUGAAAACACUGUGACCAAGUAUUGUUUUAAAUAUAUACCGAGGAGCUGUUACUAUUUUAUUUGUUGGUUGUUGAACUGAAAAUAAUAUUGAAAAUAAUAAAGUGGUGACGUACUCUGUACCGUACCGUAAAUAAAUUCCUGUAUACCCGUAUGUAUGGUAUAUAAUUUUUGUUCAAGUGUCUCGCUAACCGUGAUUUAUCGAUCAGAGGGACAAAUUUUCACAACGAUAACGUUACGUACUACCGCUACAACCGCUACUACUACUACUACUACUACUACUAUUACUACUACGCACGUGUCACAUCGUGCGGACAAUUAUUAAUAUAAAAGAAAAAAUUAACGAAUAAAUAAUCGAACACGACAUCGAGAUAACACGUAUACGUAUAUAUACAUACACAUAUAUACUCACACAUGCAUAUGGAACAAAAUAUAUAGAUACAUGUAUAAAAUUGUACAAACUGAAUCAACAUAUUAAAUCGCGUGUGUGUACCUAUUUCUGUUUCAUCUCUCUUCUCCUCGUUGGAUCGUAUACGAAAAACAAAAACAAACCAAAAAAAAACAACAAAUACAUCCAAAAAUCCAAAAAACGAAUAAAACAACUGGAUCUCAUCGAACGCUGCAUCUACUGCCGGAUAUAUAUAUAUAUAUAUAUAAUUCCUAUACCGAUGACAUCGCCUGACCUUUGCUCAUUUCUUUUAUCAAUCCCGUUCUCACCCCUCAACCUGUAAUUCCAUUCGAAACAUUUUCAUACGCGUAUACCGAUACACCCCUACACACGACCGAUCUCUGUCCCUUUUCUCGAUCUCUCACAUUGCCUUUACAUCUUUCUCUCGCUGCUUUCGUUCCACGUUCUCUCUCUCUCUCUCUCUCUCGCCCUCUUUCUCUCUCUCUCUCUCUCUCUCGUUCCAUACGUCGUUUCCUCCUCCCCCCCUCGAACGACACCCUCGGCCUGUCUGCCGCGCCGCGCCGUUCCGUCCUCCCCACCUACCCUCUCUCCCCUGUACCCACCCUCUUCGGGAAACACGCGACCAACUCUUUAUUUACACCGCCACGGACCCGCGGACUACGACGAUGCUGGACACCGUCUACAACGAAAUUACCAUCUCCGUGUCAUCCGGCUGCUUCUGGUGAAUCGAUCGCUCCUCGACGAAAUAUAAAAUCCGUCUACGUGCAUUGUCCGGGAACGUUUCGUUUCGUCUCGUUCCUCGAUAUCGUCAUCGCCUGUCGCGCGGUGGUGCGUUCUGCCGGGACAAUAUCAUUGAUCGAUCGAACGUAUUCAACGAUCAUUAUAAUUCCGUCGAUUAACGGUCACUAUCUGCACCAUCGCCGAUCACGUGGCUUGUUCGACGGCGACGCUGUACGACAAUGUGCACGCCGCACCGUUGCACGGUUCCGGCGUGGGCCAUCCUGGCUCCGUCACGCCGAUGGCUGCAGCCUCCGAAGCGGGGAAUUCCACCGGGUUGACCACCUGGUGGGCCAUGAUGAACAGCAGCACCCUCUACGAGAACAGCCCACCUCCAGUACUGCCCACUUCGUCUCUAUUGCCCAUCCAGCAACAACAACAGCAACAGCAACAGCAACAGCAACAGCAACAACAACAACAGCAGAACUCGACGCCAGGCUCUCACCAACAGGCGACCACGCCGACUUCUCCGGGUGCACCUGCAUCGGUAGGAACCGUAGCACCGCCUCAGACAGCGAGUGCGAGUUCGACGUCACCGAGCGCAUCGUCCGUGGCGAGCAACAGCGCCGCUGGACCACUUCACAUACCGGCGAAAAGGUUGACGGCAACACCCGGCGGUGGUUCGACGUACGGGGAAGUGCCGUGCGUGGAACCGUCCGGUGCAUCGGGUGGAGCCGGUGGAGUGAUAAGGCAUUCGCACACGUCAACGGCGGGCUCUCAGGGCGGUUGGAGCGCGGGUUACAGUCCCCACCACCAUCAAGACACCCACUACUCGUCGGGCGGCACCGCGGACGUACUAAAUCACCAUCAGACGUACGGGGGUGCUAACCCCCCCACCUAUUACAACCUGGCUACCGAUCCGACCUCCACCACGGGUUCCUCGAGGGACAGCCGUAAGGCAACCGCGCUUUUCUGGUCGCCGGCAACCGCCACAAUACCAAGCGGUCUGACACCCUCCGAUUACAAGUCGUACAACGCGACGGGGGGCGCGACGACGACCACCUCGUCGGCCGGGGGUGGUUCCUCGUCCGGCGGCGGUACGGGGGGCGGAGCGGGGGAAUCGGCGGUGUCCUCCUGUCACCAGAACUUUCCUCAGACCUGGUGCAAUUACCCGCCGUAUCCGUCGAGGCAUUCGCAUCCGGUUGACGGCGCCGGUCAUCAUCACCCCCAUUCGCAGGCCGGAAUACCUUAUCUGACACCCUCGGCGGCCGACGAUCGGGGAAGGGCGGCUGCCGCAAUGGUAGCCGCCGAGGGUACCUUCGCCCACGAGGGAUACGGGAGUCUGAGAAAUUACGGACCACCCGAACAAGUCACCUCCAGUCCUUACCCACCUCCAGUGAUGUGGGGUUCCUCCCCAUCUUCGUUGUUUUCUCCAGCGUCCCUGGGCGUCGGCGUGAGCGUCGGCGUCGGUGGAAUGGGAGUGAGUUGCGGUGGCACGAAUCCGUUGGAAUGGACGGGUCAGGUGACGGUGCGGAAGAAGCGUAAACCUUAUUCGAAGUACCAAACGCUAGAGUUGGAGAAAGAGUUCCUUUUUAACGCCUACGUGUCCAAGCAGAAGCGCUGGGAGUUGGCCAGAAACUUGAACCUGUCGGAGCGGCAGGUGAAAAUAUGGUUUCAAAAUCGACGGAUGAAGAACAAGAAGAACAGCCAACGGCAGUCCCAGAAUCAGAAUAACAAUAACAAUAACAGUAACGCGAACAACGCGAAUCACCACGGGGCGACGGGAAGUCAUCAUCAUUCGGCUUCCGGCCACGGAUCUUCCGGCCAGCACGUCGUUGCGCAGGCGCACCACGCGAACGGACUCGUCAAACAUCAUCAGUGACCCUCGGCUUACUCUGGGGUAGUUUUCGACAACCAUCAUCAUUCUCAUUCCCACAGUCACACCUCUUCCUCCUCGUCGUCCGCCGCCCACGGGAUCGCCGGUGUUCACGGUUACAGUUUAGUCGGUCCCGGUUCCACGGCUGCGGCGACCGUUCACGGUCACGGUAUCCACGGCGGUCAAUCCGUGUCGCAAAUCGGAGUAUCGCCGCUUCCGCAUUCCUCUUCGACGGCCGCAGCGGCGGCGGCAGCCGCGGCCGCGGCCGCGGCUUCCAUCCACUCGCACAA